CAACACUGCAACAUUCGGUGUCCCUCUAUCUGCUCGCCUGGGACGGUCGCUUCCAACAUGCCCAGCUCAGCCCCGACUCUACCCCGCGUGCGGGCAUGUCUCUUUGACAUGGAUGGCCUGCUCAUCGACUCCGAGGACAAAUACACCGACAUCACAAAUGCCAUUCUCGAGGAAUACGGCAAGCCCCAGCUCCCGUGGUCCAUCAAGGCACAGCUGCAGGGUCGCCCCCAGCCAGAGGCCAGCAAGAUCUUCCACCACUGGGCGCAACUCCCCAUCUCGCCCGAGGAAUACGCCGUGAAGCAAAGCGCCCUGCAGGCGAAAUACUUCCCUCAAUCGCAGCCACUCCCCGGCGUCAGGGAUCUUCUCGCCAAGCUUCUCUCCACCCAAUCUACCGACCAGCCUGUCUACAUCGCCCUGGCCACAUCCUCCCACCACAAGAACUUCAAGCUGAAGGCCGACCAUCUGGGUGAUCUGUUCGCCGCGUUCCCCAAGUCCCAGCAGGUCCUGGGUGACGAUGCCCGCAUCGGUAAGGGGAGAGGCAAGCCCCUCCCGGACAUCUACCUGCUUGCGUUGGAGACGAUCAACUCCACUCUGCGCGCGAAGGGCGAGGCCGAGAUCAAGCCCGAGGAGUGUCUCGUCUUUGAGGACGCCGUGCCGGGUGUUGAGGCAGGGCGCAGGGCCGGGAUGAGAGUUGUUUGGGUGCCGCAUCCGGGUCUGCUGGAGUCGUAUAAGGGCCGCGAGGCGGAGGUGCUUGCUGGGCUUACGGGCGCACAUAAAGAGGCGGAGAAGACUGAGCCCGAGAAGGAGGCUGAUGGGAUCGUUUCGGACCGCUUGACGAGCGCGGGUGCGCCUGGUCAGCUCGACGAUGGGUGGGGGGAGUUACUGCCGUCGUUGGAGAACUUUCCGUUCGAACGUUUUGGAAUCAAGCCUGCGUAGAUUUCGAGUCUCUGUCUAGGAACAAAGGUUUAUGGACAGACUUUUAGUGUACAUACUUGCAGGCGGCGCCACAUCGUCGGCAUAAUAGAAAACGAAAACAAAAAAAAUCCCAGAUUCAACCGUU